GCCUGACAUCUACGGGGUGCUCGGAGAACUGCAGCGUCUGCGGAUUGUUGAAACUCGGUGAAAAAAUAAACCGGAUGGGGAGAGAUUUAUUCAUAGACGGUCUGACAAAGGCCCGUUUUCCGUUUAUGAAUGACCAAUUUCUAAACGAGAAACUGGGACAUGUGAAACGUAACCAACAAUUUCUACGACAAGCCAAAGCGCUCAUCGUGAACGGUGACCAGGUGACGCCCGUGUGCAAAGCACCGUGAAGGAAGCAGCAAAGGUAGCUUUGGAUAGGCGUACGUGACGUCAGCCCUGCCAGUGACGUGGAGACAGCUGCCCAAGAGAGGAUUCAAGUGCACUGCACAGGUGCGGCAAGAAAGCGAUCGAGCGCGUGGCCUUUUCUCAGCUCAGCGAGCACGCGAGCAAAUGUUUGUUGUUUGUUGUUUGAUGACCCGGACUCGUCGAAAUAGGAGGGACACCCCCCCCCCUGCCCCUCCAAUCGCAGAAAGGAGACACCCUAAACAUCCAGUCGAUCCGGAACCACUCGGAAAAGCUUAUAAUUUGCAUUUUAAUUUCCGUCAUUAUGGUCGGACUGGAAGAAUCGCAGAUACGGCUGCGGGGAUCGUUUGAGGUGACAACAUGACGGUGGGUGCAGUGGUGUGUGUGUGUGUGUGAGAGAGGGAGAGAGAGAUUGGGUGAGGGGGGCGGUGGGUGCCAGGCUUGCAGCUGAGGAGGGACCACAAGAAAGCUUCAUCUUCCUCCGUCAAGCAGGAAGCUUCCAUCAGCUCACCAGCUCGACGGACACCAUCAACCAGCAAUCCGUCGCCGAUUUCCUUCGCCUCGGUCGGCCUGCACACAACAACAGUUUGGCACUUCUGGAGGGCCAUCCAUUGGCAAAAUGGUUUUGACGGAGGCGCUCAGUUCAGCAAAUUGUGGUCGGAAGAAGUGUUCAAAGACCGUUCCGAAUAUUGUCACCCGCUAAUGUGUCGGCCUCAAAGAGAGUUGCUCAAAUUGUGUUAUUUAGCCUGAAAGCAGGGUGUUGUUGUUUUUUUUUCAUCUUUUGCUUUAAAAGCUGCAGUAGGAGGAAAUUCGGUUCAUUUGUAUUUAUGCGUAACUUUCAAGCCAGCGUCAUUAACGAUUGCCAGGUUUCCUUUUCUCACUCCAACGCUCUUAAGUCUGGAGUUCUCUUUGCAGAGGAUCAAGAAUAUAUGCCUGCAAGUACUGUUAUAUUGUUGGAUUGUUCUGCUUCAAUUAGACUGGUUGGAUAUCCGUCACGAAGUGUCCUGUGAGUGAGGAUAGAAUGCAGCGUGCUGAUUGACCAUCAUCAUCAUCAUCAUCAUCGCCACGCUGGGUCUUGUCGCCACAGACGCAUGGAGCACGGCUGGAAUUACCAUGGCCACCAGACAAGAGUGAUGAGAAGCCCUCCAGCCACAUUCGAGACGGGCCUUGUCGUAUGAGGACCGUUAGGGCCCGUGGCGUAAGUACAUUGCAGCAAUUUCCAGCUGCCAGAGCCCGGCAAUGCUUUUGUGGGGCUUUGAUUUGCCUUUCAAACAGCGCUAAGGAAUAGUUGGCGGUUUACAAAUCGAUGCUGGGACUGAACACGACGGUGUAUCCAAGGUUGGAUGUCACGUCGGUGUGGAAGGGAGCACGCGUGAGCGCCAUGGGCUGCGGCGGGAGCAGGACGGACGCUCUGGAGCCUCGCUACCUGGAGAGCUGGACCAAAGAGACCGAGUCCACCUGGUUGACCGGCACCGAGGCCGACAUACCGCUCUCGUCCAUCCACAGCAUCCCGUCUGACGGCUCCGAGGCCUCCUUCGCUUCCGAGAAAAACGCCGGUCCAGGUGCCGAAUUCUUGGAGGACGGCCUCCCGCCUCCUGCUCAAGCGUACCUCAAAGUGUGCUCGACCGCAUCGGAAGCCAGCCUCGGCGGCGGUGGCAAGAGCCCUCCUGACGUGCCCGCCUCUCCAGCGCAGGAUGCGGCACUGGCGUCUUCGGGCACCACGGUGCAGCGCACAAGUGUCCUGCACACUGAAGAGAUUACAAAAUGGCAGGACAACCGCAUGUCCACCAAGCAGGUGACCAUCACGGUGACGCAGAGCAUCCACCAGGUGGACAAGAACGGCAAGGUGAAGAAGUCACUGACCACCUACGAGGUAAUGAAGCCCGCCGAGGCCGUCAAAGAAGUGGCGGCGCUCAACACCUGCACAGCGCGAGGGCAAUGAGGUUUAAUGGAGCUUUAUUUUCAUCUUUCGGCCCCGCCCCCAGAAUGGAGAUCCAUGUUUUUCAUUGGAUGGUACUAAAUGUAUAUUUGAACCCUUUCGACAUUACUUGUAAAAUUAAAAUGUAAACGGUAGAGGUGUGCAGAAUCUCCGUAAUGUUGACAUUUCUUCAAAAAUAUUUCAGAUAAUAAAUCGUUUUUCAUUUUCAUGUUUAAAAUGAGGCGUCCAUUUUGGCUCAAGUUAGCCAAACGUGGUUUCUUACACCCCUCAAGGGCUAGCGUAGCCGUAGCAUGAAAUCAUUGUUUUGGGGUGACCGUGCAGGACGGGUGAAAGCCAAACUUUUUCACGACGUGACCAAUGACGACACAAAGCUUGUGUACAUGGGCGGACUUUAAUCAAGUGGCACGACCGCGCAUCUUUUUGGGGGGGAAGCAAGGGUCAAAACUCACAAAUAAAUACUUUCUAGUGAUGCUAAAGGGCAAAUAAGUCGUUUCUGCUGUGGCUCAGGAAGCUGAAGUUGAAGAUUGCACUUUACAGUGAUGCCUCUGGGGGGGGGGGCUUUGGGGGUAGUAUAUGUUUUGUUUGAACCGCUAUGUGUCUUGAGCACUGUCUGGAUUUGUGCUUUGUAAUGACAAUAAAAAUGGCGGCAGUGAUGCCACUGUAAGAA